AUGUCGAAGAAGAAUAAGCAAAAGAGUGAGGAAACACAGGAGGAUGCCCAGCCGCGGAUGGAAUUCCCAGAUAGCCAGCCGAUCUUUGAUCCGUGGCCGGUGGUGGUAGAGGAUGACAGUGUUCCCGAUGGCAAAUACGAGGACGCUGGCGCUAGCACCCCGACCAAAGCGGCAGACAGGGAGCUGCCGAUGGAAGCAGCAGCAGAUGAGGAUGAUGCUUUUGAGGAGAACUACAAGGACGAUGGCAGGGUGCCGCUGACUUCGAUACCGUGGCCAAUCUGGCAGACGUUAGAUCAAAGGCUGGCUGAAGCCGACAAACUGGUCGAGGAGCUGGAGAAGAAGACAGGGCCCUUAAGUGACAACGUCUUGCAGGCCCAGCAGAAGAUGAAGCUGAUGAGGGAAGCAGAUGAGGUGUUGAGUGAGGCUUUGGAGCUAGAGAAAGAAGAAGAGCAGGUGAAGAAUGAUGUUCGUGAAGAAGCCGAUGAAGAUCAAAAGAAGAAGGCUAAGAAGGGCAAAGGAAAGAAAAAGAAAGGUAGAAAGAGCAAAGAAUGUCAUGAUGAAGCAGAGUGUGAGGCAAAAGGCGAAGGAGAGCAUGCUGCAGGAGGGUUUGAGGAAAAAGCCGAAGGAAAGGAUGAUGCAGCAGGGUUUGAGGAAGAAGCCCAAGGAAAGGAUGAUGCAGCAGGAUGUGGGGGUGGUGCAGAUCAUGCCAAACGCCAGAAAGGUGUAAAGCGCCGCCUCGAGUUCGAGCACUGCAGCGAAGAGCCGUGGCCACAAGUGGAGGAGCAGCCGGCUUCCAGCUGCACGUGGGACGCAAUGGAUGCAGAUGGCGAGCCACCUGCUGGUGUGGUUGUGAAGAAAAAAAGAAAGAUGAAAAAGAAGGGUGGCAGGAAGUCCAAAAAAGUUGUGGGAAGCACCCCACCGAGAAAGAAUGACAAUGAGGCAGAAGAUGAGCCCCAGCAGGACUGA